AUGUCUUCUACUUCUGAAACUUUACCAACAGGUUUUGUUUAUGUACAUGAUAUUAUACCGAAUAUUCAAGUAAGCUUACGUUAUGGUACUGAAGAAAAUUUUCUAGGAUGUAUUGUUAAUGCAAAAGAAAAUGGUUAUGAAUUAGUUAUUUAUGAUAGUUAUCGUCCACAAAAAAGUGUUAAUCAUUUUAUUAAAUGGAGUGAAGAUCCAAAUGAUCCUCAAUCGAAAAAAGAUCAUUAUUAUCCACGAAUUAAUAAAGAAAAUGCAUUUAAUCUUGGAUAUAUUGCGAAAAAAUCUGGUCAUACACGAGGAAGUACAAUUGAUUUAACUAUAAUUCCAAUUGGAAAACGUGUAUCAAAUUCUGUAGUACCAAUAAAAAGAAUUCUUACUGAUAAUUCGACAAUUUUAUUUUUAGAUGAUGGAACUGUUGAUAUGGGUUCUUCAUUUGAUUUACUUGAUGAAGCAUCACAUACAGAGAGUAAACUUGUUGAUGAUAAUCAUCAAAAAAUGAGAAUGAUGUUUAAGAGCUUCAUGGAACAAGCUGGUUUUGUUAAUUAUACUAAAGAAUGGUGGCAUUAUACACUUAAAAAUGAACCAUUUCCUAAUACAUAUUUUGAUUUUGAUGUUAAAUCAUCUUAUUCUUCUUAG